AUGUCAUCCAUCGCGAGGAAGAUGCUGGAGCGCCACGGCUGGAAGGAGGGCAUGGGCCUCGGCAAGGACGCGCAGGGCGUCUCCACGUACGUGAAGGUGGUGCGCCGCGACCCACGCACCGCCACAGGGCUGGGGCACGCCGCGGACGCCACACAGGCCCCGCAGGCCUCCACCUUCUCUGUGGAGCUGGACGCCGUGUACGCCACCAUGACAAAGGCGGGGCGGAAGUCGCCGAAGGGGGACGACGCGGUGGCGGAGGCAAAAGUUGCCCGCCGAGUGACGCGGGAAAAGCGCGGACGGCAGGAGGGCGCGCGCGCCAGCAGCAGCAGCCGCGGCAGCAGCGAGGACGCCUCCAGCGACGGCGGCAGCAGCAGCAGCGACGAGGACGAGGAGGACCGCAACGUGGACAUCACGCGGCUGACGGACGAUGAGCUGCUGCGUCGCUGCGGUGGGGUGCGGCUGGGGCGCGCCGGCCGUCACCGCUUCUUCGACGGCAAACUCCGCCGCAUUGAGAAGUCCCACCGGGGCGAGGCGCGGGACGCACUUUGA